UACGGGAAGGUGGAAUUGUCACCGCUGCUCACAUUACGUCAGAACAGAACGGUUUGAUCGGGCAGCUUUUGUAGUGAACUAUGGCAUCCACGCAGGGUUAUCGGACGCUUAGUAAAGAUGAUGUUAAUUAUAAAAUUCAUUUUCGGAUGAUAAACGAGCAACAAGUGGAGGAUAUUGUUAUAGAAUUCUUUUACAAACCCCAUACCAUCACUUUACUGACGUUCACCGUGAUCAGUUUAAUGUACUUUGCAUUCACCAGAAAUGAUACUGACUGUGACAGUAAUCUGCGUGUGGGCUUUGUUCUAGUCGUCUCCUUCUUCCUCGUUAUCAGUGUCCUGGCUUUCCCAAAUGGUCCAUUUACGCGGCCGCACCCAGCUGUUUGGCGCAUGGUGUUCGGUGUCAGUGUCCUGUACUUCCUGUUUUUGGUGUUCCUCAUCUUCCUGAGUUGGGACCAGGUGAAGGUUCUGCUAUACUGGCUGGACCCCAACCUGCGGUAUACUACCCGUGAGGCUGAGGUUAUGGAGUAUGCGGUGAACUGUCAUGUGAUCACGUGGGAGCGCAUCCUCAGCCACUUUGACAUCUUCGCCUUCGGCCACUUCUUUGGCUGGGUCAUGAAAGCACUGCUUAUCCGCAGCUAUGGACUCUGCUGGACAAUCAGCAUCACGUGGGAGCUAACGGAGUUGUUCUUCAUGCACUUACUGCCCAACUUUGCCGAGUGCUGGUGGGACCAGGUCAUUCUGGAUAUUCUGCUGUGUAACGGAGGUGGCAUCUGGCUCGGGAUGAUGGUGUGUCACUUCCUGGAGAUGCGAAGAUACCACUGGGCCAGCAUCAAGGAUAUCCACAGCACCUCAGGGAAGCUAAAGCGUGCUGCGCUGCAGUUUACUCCAGCCAGCUGGACCUACAUGCACUGGUUUGACCCCAAGUCAUCCUUCCAGAAGGUGGCAGGCAUAUACCUCUUCAUGAUCAUCUGGCAGCUUACGGAGCUAAACACAUUCUUCCUGAAGCACAUCUUCGUGUUCCAGGCCUCUCAUCCUCUCAGCUGGCUCCGAAUCCUGUUCAUCGGGGUUAUUACUGUGCCUACUGUUCGGCAGUACUAUGCAUACCUUACAGACACCCAGUGUAAAAGAGUGGGAACCCAGUGUUGGGUGUUUGGAGCCAUUGCCUUCCUGGAAGCUCUGGCAUGUAUUAAGUUUGGACAAGACCUUUUCUCCAAAACACAGGUCAUGUAUGUGGUGUUCUGGCUUUUGUGUGUGGCCUUCAUUACUUCUCUCUGCCUGUAUGGGAUGGUAUGGUAUGAGCAGAUCUACAGCGUGAGGCUGAAGAGCUGUGAUGAUGACAAUUUCAUUGACUCAUGCGGUUAUACACCUAAAAUCAUUAAAGCUGAAAGGAGCCCCAGCAGUUACUCCCAGGUGUCCCGCCAGAGGAGAUGCUUGGGCAGAAACAGAGCCAACGGUGCAAGCAGCCAGCAGUAGCUGCAGCGGGAAGUGAAGCUUCCUCUCUUUGCGCCCAGCCCACAAACUGUACUAUAACUUUAAAGUGAGGUAAACAGUUCACAAGGACAGUGCAGAGUGGGGGAGGGGCAGGAGCAGUUCUGUGAACAGCCACUACCAGGAGACACUAGGCACACACAGCACUAGGUUUGUUACUUAAGCACUAGUAAAGAAAUAUGCCUAAAAGAAUAAUUUAAUGGUUGCUGCUACAUGAAGUAAGUUGAAAGUGAUGUUCAAUGGACAAUGUAGUGGUAGUGUUUUUCAAGUCAGAAUAGAUAUCAUGCCUCCAAAAAAAUCCUAGGGUUUUCCAUAACUAAAUCAGCCAGUGUGCAGUUUUGUCCAUUUCUUUCCACCACGGACAGUUCUAUAGUUAUGAAUUGACUCCAAUGGUACACUUCUACAACCAAAUGAGACUGAAAGAAUAAAAUGAUAAAAUACAAAUUAAUAUGUGUAGGCACACCUGUGUAGUCCUUGCUGGAGCAUUUCUCCAAGCAAAGCUUUGUUCAUUUUGAAAUAUAAUGUAUAAAAGAUGUAUAUGUAUAUGUAUACCAUAUAUGGGACAUUCCAGAUUCCUGGCUACAUUCCUGUAAAGAUGUUGGAACUUGUUCCUUUUUUUUAGGAACUUCACUAUGCUUACCAUUCCUUCGGGGAAUGUCUGUUGUUUUGUUUUUUUUACAUCUGCAUGUGCUCGGAUGUAGGCUAUAAAAUAUCCUUAAUAUGGCAUAUGCGAUUUCAAGACCUAUUAGUAAUGCAGUAUAUUAAAGUUUCACACCAAAUAAUCACCGCUCAAGGAGGAGGAGUUUUAUUGGUCCAGUUUGUUUUUGUUUUUUUUGUUGGUUUUUUUUUGUUUUUGUUUGUUUUUUGUUUGUUUGUUUUUAAUACUCUUUUUCUUGUUCUUAGCAACCACUUGCAGAGCCAUGGUUUUUAGGUAUAUAUUAAGGGCUGUUACUUAAUCUUUGCUGAAAUUACCUGUACUUUAUUUAAGAAAAAUGUAUUUUAUUUACUUUUCAAGUGGGGUUGGGUGAUGUGGCAAACAUGGAUCAUAAUACCUUACAUUAUUUUCACAAUGCCAAUUGUUACCAAUGUUAAACUUUCUAAGGCCUGCUAACAACUUUGAAAAGACAACGCACCUGCAAAUCAGUGUCAAAUUCAAGAAGGUGUCCAAAGAUUUUUUUACAUUUACAAAAAUUAACAAUUUAAGAGGAAAAAUGAAACAAAUGCUAAAUAAAUAACUAAACUAAUGACUGUUUUAAAGACAUUCAUAAAAUGUGUAGAUUUAGAAUUAUGUGGUGGGUUAGUGUUAUAGAAAUUCUUAUAUCCACAAUAUGCUAAUAAAGGGUUAUCAUGACAAUUUAUCAUCAUGAUGACAGCAGUUGUCACAUUGCUUACCUUUUUUCAAGUUCUUGUAAAAAUUAUGUCUGACACUAUUUUUAUGUUUUGCCUUUUUUUUACUUAACUCUAAUAUUUAAGUCCCUGGUAUUACAACAAGAGACUAAAUUAAGGUACUGUAUUUUUUAUUGAUUUCAUAACAAUAAAAUUGUAAUUCAGGGUUAAUGUCUCAAAAUAAGGCACUAUGUAAAUUCAGUUUCGGAUUCAGAUGGGGACCGCAACAUUAGGAAGGAUAAUUGUUCCUCCAGUUGCGUGUCCUUGGGAUUGGCAGAGUGCCGCUAUCCGGUAGCUAGGAACCAAGGUAGUAUGCACAAGUCAUCUAUAUGCCAACCAGUAAGGCCCAUGCAACCAGUGACAGCUGUCCUCACUGGCACCCAUCACGUGACAUAAAGAAAAAUAGUUAAGUGGGCAAGGGAAAGGCAGGUCAUUAGUGAAAUGAAGGCAAGGCAUGAAGAAAAAUUAAAUAAGAAAAAAGCAUUAAAAAAAUAAAAAUUAAAAUUAAUUGUGCUCAAGAAGUAAAGGGGGAAGGGGGGGCCUACGCAUGCGGGAACAUGUGUAGAUGCUGGGAAAGGGCAUCCAAUCAUCGCCUGAAAGCUGCAGUUGUGGGUGCCAUGAUGACGUCCUCGGGGAGGGAGUUCCACGAGUCUAUAACCCGCCUAGAGAGCCGAGCCUCGGGUCUGAUGCAAUCAGGCCUAGGCUUAGUCAGUUUCAUAGAAUGUCCCCGAAAGGUUGGUAGGGGAGCUGGUGUAAAUAGCCAAGUUAGGUCAGGUCCAAUCUUAUGCGUGAGUAUAUGAUAGUUGAGCAUGAGGUCACCUCAAAGUCGCCUAUAGUGCAAGGAGAACAUCCCUAUGGCUUCAAGCCUAGUGCUGUAGUCCUUGCCUUGCAUGUCACAUACCAUCUUGGUGCCAACCCCUAAAAUGCGCUUCAAGGCCAUUUUCUCCCUCACGAGACAAGAUGGGUUCACCUGAAUGCAAUAUUCCAUGUGUGGCCUGACAAACACAGAAUAUCCUAACAAAUAUGUCACCGGUGAUUUUACCGAAGGCCCUACGAACCAUCCACAGAACACAGUGGCUGAAUCCUGCCAUUGAUCACUAGACUUGAAAUCAGCAGAAAAGGGUGAAGCCUAGUUCUUUGAUCUGGCUGAUGGAGAGGACAUUAACUGUUCCAAGCUGAUAGCUUGUUACAGGCAAUUUGGGAGUGAUGCGCAGUACCGACCACUUUUCCCAGUUGAUUGGUAGCUACCAUAUCUCCAACCAACCCCAGAGCUGAUCUAGGGCACUUUGUAAGUUGUCUGAC